GUGGCUAGUAGUUAGUGAUAUGCAAUAAUAUGGAUGACCCUUCAGCAAGAAGGCUGAGUGUUCUGCAAGGCCAUUUAAGGAAACCUGAGAUCCAGUUGAAUAAGUGCGGCUCUAUAGAAGCUAGUGCCCCAAUUUCCAGCAAAAAGACAGAGAUACAGAAAGCCUUUCCAAGAAAAAGACUUGAGAUAUUAAGCUGGAAUGGUUGGGGCUAUAAGGAUUCUGGGUUCUAUCUCAAUGAUAAAGGAGUUGCUUUCUUCACUGGGCCAAGGUAUCCAUUGAAUGGGCUAGUACUGCCUUUAGUGAUACCGUGGAUGGAGCAGAAACUAGGUUUUGAUAGAACACAAACAGCUUUCUCGCAACCCCCUCCUUCUCCAGCUGAUCUUCCUCCUCCAAUGCCUUGUCCUUCAUUUAUCGAAGCUGUCCGCCCUCACUCUGUUGCCAUAUCAACCGAUGCUGAUGACAGGCUCUUCCAUUCACAUGGUCACACUUGUCAUGAGUUGUUCAUUUUGAGAAGUGGUAAAAUUGAUAUAAGACUUGUCGAUGCCGUAGUGUGGCCAGGUUGUCACGAUCAUGUAGCAAAGAUAGUUCAAUUGGCUUCUCUUCAUAAUAUAUGCAUCAUACCGUUUGGAGGUGGUACUAAUGUUUCAGGUGCUUUAGAGUGUCCAAGUGACGAGAGGCGUCCCAUCAUAUCUCUAGACAUGACUGAAAUGGAUAAGAUCCUCUGGAUUGACGAAGAUAAUUUAACUGCACACGUUGAGGCCGGCAUAGUGGGACAAGACCUGGAGAGAAAGCUGGCAGAGAGGGGAUAUACCUCAGGACAUGAGCCAGACUCACAGGAGUUUAGUACUCUUGGUGGAUGGGUAGCGACAAGGUCCUCUGGAAUGAAGAAAAACAAAUAUGGAAAUAUUGAAGACCUCGUUGUUAGAAUAAGGACAGUGACACCGUCCGGGACUAUUGAUAAAAGCUUUUUGGGACCGAGAAAUUCGCUGGGACCCGAUUUGCAGCAUUUCAUACUAGGAUCAGAAGGGACACUUGGUGUCAUUACUGAGGUGACUAUGAGAAUUAGGCCACUCCCUCAGGUUCGCCGCUAUGGGUCCAUUGUCUUUCCGACCUUUGAGCUAGGAGUGGAGUAUAUGAGGGAUGUUGCUAAGCAACGCUGUGCUCCUGCCUCCAUUAGACUAAUGGAUAACUUGCAGUUUCAGAUUGGUCAGAUUUUAAAGCCAACCCCAUCAUUUACAACUUCAAUUAUUGACUCAAUUAAGAAGAUAUACGUUACUAAAUUUAAAGGAUUUGAUCCUGACAAGAUGGCCGCCUGCACAUUACUAAUGGAAGGAACUCCUGAAGAAGUAAAGCUACAAGAAAAGAGAUUGAUUGAUAUUGCUUCCAAAUACAAUGGCCUGUCUGGAGGCGAAGAGAAUGGUCGCCGUGGCUACAUGAUGACCUUUGUGAUUGCUUACAUCAGGGAUAUGGCGUUUGACUAUGGCUACCUAUCAGAAUCAUUUGAAACUUCAAUACCUUGGAGCAGAGUUGUUGACAUGUGUCGCAAUGUUAAAGAGAGGAUCUCCCAGCUGUGCACUGAUAAUGGUAUCAUUCGUCCACCACUCAUCAGCUGCCGGGUAACUCAAGUCUACGAUGAAGGAGCUUGUGUCUACUUUUAUCUUGCCUUCUCUUACCUUGAGGUCGGGAUGGACCCUGUAAAACUAUUCCAUACGAUUGAAUCAUCUGCUAGGGAUGAGGUCUUAGCCAAUGGUGGAAGUCUGUCACAUCAUCAUGGAGUUGGUAAAAUACGUAAGAAGUGGAUUAAAGACACUCUAACUCCCACUGGUAUUGAUAUGUUGUAUGCUGUGAAGAGACAAGUCGAUCCACAGAACAUAUUCGGUUGUGCUAAUCUUCUACCUUAGGAAGCAUAAUGCUUCUGUGUGCAUAGCUUUAUAUGUGACUCUUGAAUUAUUAUUAUUGUGUAUUUUAUAUUUUGGGGGCAAUAUUUAUAAAAUUUUUCUACCUUUUUGAAUGAUUGUUCUUGGGAACAUUGUUAUAAUAA